ACCAUCCUCUCAAUAAAUGCCAUUGCACCCUCUCAAUACGCUCUGCAAUAACUGCGCACUCCUUCCACAUCCUUCACCUGUUCCUCCUCCUCCUUUCUUCUUCCUCACCCUUUCCUCUUCCCCUUCUCUGCAAAUCCUUUCACUUCUCCUAUGGCAUCCUUCAAAGCCUUUUCAUAUACUUUUUUUCAGUAUCAACUUCUUCUCUCACCUCUGCAUGCACUCACGUAGAUCUUACCUCUUCUAUCUUUUUCUCUCUUUUUGCUUCAGCUUUCUGUUGAUAUUGUUCUUUCUCUUUCCUCUUCCUAAAUCUAUGAAGAACUGAGCUGUGAAGAAAUGGAAAAAGAGAGGAGAGAAAGUGAACGGUCGUUCACGAGUGAGAGAAGAAAUUAGGGUUUGGUGCAUCAAAAAUAUGCCCGCCGGCAUCAUGAUUCCGUCAAGACAUGUGCCUUCGAUGAUCGGUAGGAACUCUUCAGCGUUGACCCUAGCUCAGAUCUUGUACUUCUUCCUUCUAACCUGCAGACCAACAUAUUGGAAGGCCAGCAACUCCCUCUUCAACACCAGCUCGUCGAUUUGAGCACACAAGCGACAACGACGGCGGAGAGCGAGAUGAUCAGAACUCGAGAAGAUGACUUCGAGAGCAAGUCCGGCAGUGAUAACAUCGAGGGUGCCUCCGGCGAUGAACAGGACCCCAACCAGAGGCCGAGGAAGAAGAGAUACCACAGGCACACUCAGCACCAAAUUCAGGAAAUGGAAGCUUUCUUUAAGGACUGCCCGCACCCAGAUGACAAGCAGAGGAAAGAGCUGAGCAGGGAGCUGGGAUUGGAGCCUCUUCAAGUGAAGUUUUGGUUUCAGAACAAACGCACACAAAUGAAGACACAGCAUGACAGGCAAGAGAAUUCACAGCUUAGAUCUGAUAACGACAAGCUACGCAAUGAGAACCUCCGCUAUAAGGAGGCUCUGAGCAAUGCCUCCUGCCCUAACUGCGGCGGCCCUGCAGCCCUUGGCGAGAUGUCUUUUGAUGAGCACCACCUCAGGAUUGAGAACGCCAGGCUAAGAGAAGAGAUUGACAGAAUCUCAGGCAUUGCUGCAAAAUACGUAGGCAAGCCAAUGAACUCAUACUCACUCCUCUCCCCCACUCUCCCAUCUCGCUCACCUUUGGAUCUCGGCGUCGGCGGCUUCGGUCUUCAUUCUCCAACAAUGGGUGGCGAGAUGUUCUCCGCCGCUGAACUACUAAGGACCGUUGCCGGCCAGCCGGAAGUUGACAAGCCCAUGGUUAUUGAGCUAGCGGUUGCCGCCAUGGAAGAACUGAUCAGGAUGGCUCAGCUUGGAGAACCACUGUGGAGUAGUCCAUGUUUGGAUGGAGCUAAUGAGAUUCUGAAUGAAGAAGAGUAUGUGCAGAAUUUUCCAAGAGGGAUUGGGCCCAAGCCUUUUGGGUUGAAGUCGGAGGCUUCCAGGGAAACGGCGGUUGUGAUUAUGAGCCAUGUUAAUCUGGUUGAGAUUCUCAUGGAUCCGAAUCAAUGGUCGACAAUGUUCUCCGGCAUUGUAUCGAGGGGGAUGACUCUCGAGGUAUUAUCAACUGGAGUGGCAGGAAACUACAACGGUGCAUUGCAAGUGAUGACAGCUGAAUUCCAAGUUCCAUCCCCUCUUGUUCCAACUCGUGAGAGCUACUUUGUUAGAUACUGCAAGCAGCAUCCAGAUGGAACCUGGGCUGUCGUCGAUGUUUCCUUGGAUGGUCUUCGCCCAAGCACUGCCUUGAUGAGAUGUCGAAGAAGACCAUCAGGAUGUUUGAUACAAGAAAUGCCUAAUGGCUACUCUAAGGUGAUUUGGGUGGAACAUGUUGAAGUUGAUGAUAGGUCUGUUCAUAGUAUCUACAAGCCAUUAGUGAACUCAGGCAUUGCAUUUGGGGCUAAAAGGUGGGUUUCUACUUUGGAUCGACAGUGUGAACGCCUUGCAAGUGUCAUGGCUAGUAGCAUUCCUUCAGGAGAAAUUGGAGUGAUAACAACACCAGAGGGGAGGAAGAGCAUGUUGAAGCUGGCAGAGAGGAUGGUACUUAGCUUUUGUGGAGGGGUGAGUGCCUCAACUACUCAUCAAUGGACUACAUUGUCUGGAAGUGGAGCAGAAGAUGUGAGGGUAAUGACACGAAAAAGUGUUGAUGACCCAGGAAGGCCUCCUGGUAUUGUUUUAAAUGCUGCAACAUCAUUUUGGCUUCCUGUGUCUCCAAAAAGGGUGUUUGAUUUCCUCCGUGAUGAAAGUUCACGCAGCGAGUGGGACAUCCUCUCAAACGGCGGUGUAGUUCAAGAGAUGGCUCAUAUUGCCAAUGGUCGUGAUCAUGGAAACUGUGUCUCCCUCCUCCGUGUUAAUCAGAGCACAAAUUCAAAUCAAAGCAAUAUGCUGAUACUCCAAGAGAGUUGUACUGAUCCCACAGGCUCCUAUGUGAUUUAUGCUCCCGUUGAUGUGGUUGCCAUGAAUGUAGUUCUCAAUGGCGGCGAUCCCGACUAUGUGGCUCUCUUGCCUUCAGGUUUCGCCAUCCUCCCUGAUGGUUCGAAUGGAGUUCAAGGUGGUGGAAGUGGAAUUGGGGAAGUUGGUUCUGGUGGUUCCCUACUUACAGUGGCAUUCCAGAUACUAGUUGAUUCAAUACCAACAGCAAAGCUCUCGCUUGGUUCGGUUGCAACGGUCAACAGCCUAAUUGCAUGCACUGUGGAAAGGAUCAAGGCUGCUGUAUCGGGCGAAAACCCACAAUGAGCCUAAGGGCUCUUACAAAUCAAUGGAUCUGAAGAGGACCAAAAGAUUUACAGGAAAUAGCCAGAGAAAUUAUUGGAUGUCGGAAGUAGUCAAGAACGCACCUCAGACUAUCCUUGCCACGUGGUGUGUUCAUAUUAACCUUAAAAAUCAAGUUUAAAUAUUGAGCACUCCACCAUGCAAGGGUGUUGGUUCGGGUAUUGACUCCCCCUUUUCUUUGUUACUCCCUUUCCUUCCCUUUUGUACUUUUGCAGACAAGAAAAAAACCACUUAUUUCCCUUUAAUUUCUACCAGUAGCUCUUUCUCUCUCUCUAUUGGAUUCUCUCUUUCUGGAAGACUGAUCACCAACAUAUAACUUCUUCAAAUUUGUGCAUUGUCAUCCUAUGUUGGAGUAAUUUGUGAGGGAUUUCAUUUGUCAGAACUACUAUUUUCUUCUUUGCAUGUUAGCAGUUAAUCAUAAUCAUAUUAGUGGUGUUAAUCUGCAGAAGUGUUAGCAAGAUUGUUGUUAAUGAUUUCUUAAUUUUAAUUAUUUAAGAUAGAAUGAUGAGUUAAUUGAAU